GGUCACAUGAGCAGGCUACCCUGCAAACUAGCUGAAGUGGUCUCCGGCAGGUUUUAGGGCCGCUCAGCUCACGCAGUUCAAGAUGCGCAACGGGAAGGGCAGUGCGCGGGCACCGGUCCUCCAGUUCACCAACUGCCGUAUCCUGCGGGGUCGGAGGCUGCUCAGGUGGGAGGAUUUGUGGGUGCGGGAGGGCCACAUUGUGGACCCAGAGAAGCUGUUCUUUGAGGAGCGGCUCGUGGCCGACCAGCAGCGGGACUGCGGAGGCUGCAUUCUGGCGCCUGGCUUCAUCGACGUGCAGAUCAAUGGUGGAUUUGGCGUUGACUUCUCUCAGGCCACAGAGGACGUGGGUUCGGGAGUAGCUCUGGUGGCCCAGAGGAUCCUAUCACAUGGAGUCACCUCUUUCUGUCCCACCUUAGUCACCUCACCACCUGAGGUUUAUCACAAGGUCCUUCCUCAGAUCCCUGUGAAGAGUGGUGGUCCCCAUGGGGCAGGGGUCCUCGGGGUGCAUCUGGAGGGCCCAUUUAUCAGCCAUGAGAAGCGGGGUGCACACCCUGAGGCACACCUGCGCUCUUAUGAGGCUAAUGCCUUCCAUGAUGUUCUGGCCACCUACGGGUCCCUGGACAACGUUCGAAUCGUGACGCUGGCUCCUGAGCUCGGCCGCAGCCAUGAGGUGAUCCAGGCACUGACAGCCCGUGGCAUCUGUGUGUCCCUAGGGCACUCAGUGGCCAACCUGAGGGUUGCAGAGGAAGCUGUGCAGAGCGGUGCCACCUUCAUCACCCAUCUCUUCAAUGCCAUGCUGCCUUUCCACCACCGUGACCCGGGUAUUGUGGGGCUCCUGACCAGUGACCGGCUGCCUCCAGGUCGCCACAUCUUCUACGGGAUGAUCUCCGAUGGCAUGCACACCAACCCUGCUGCCCUGCGCAUUGCCCACCGGGCCCAUCCCCAGGGGAUGGUGCUGGUCACUGAUGCUGUCCCUGCCCUGGGCUUGGGCAACGGCCGUCACACGCUGGGGCAGCAGGAGGUAGAGGUAGAUGGGCUGACGGCCUAUGUGGCAGGCACGAAGACACUGAGCGGCAGCAUAGCUCCGAUGGACGUCUGUGUUCGGCAUUUCCUGCAGGCCACAGGCUGCAGUGUGGAGUCCGCCCUGGAGGCUGCGUCCCUGCACCCUGCCCAGCUGCUAGGACUGGAGAAGCACAAGGGAACCCUGGACUUCGGGGCUGAUGCAGACUUUGUGAUGCUCGACGACUCCCUCCACGUCUGGGCCACCUACAUCUCGGGCGAGUUGGUGUGGCAGGCAGAGGAGGCCCGGCAGUAGGCAAGGACUACAGCUGGAAAGGACACUCAGCCCCAUCUGGACACUGUCAGUGCUGGGCCAUCUGGGAGCUGGUCUCUGGGGAGUGAGUAGGAGCCCUGCCUCAGGUGGAUGACCUUGGCUCUGGAGGCAGCUGGCUUGGAUAAACCGUGUACCCCACAGGACCCGCCUGGUCUCCGAGUUUUGCUUCAAAGUGGGCUUCUUGCUGUUUCCACUGUCACCCUGAUGGUCCUCCUGGGGGGUGGGGGUGUUUUUUGGCUUAGGGUUGGGAGUGGCUGGACUCUGGCUCAGCUCGGCCCUGUGAGGAGGCUUUGUGGGGUCCAUGAAAGUGAUGGCAGGGCCCCUUUCUGUUACAAGGUUGUGUCUGAGGUCUGCAGACCUUCAGGCAGAUGUGUAUUUGGAAAUGAAUGAACACCAGAGCAGGGAAGCCACGGGUGAUAGAUUGGAAAGCUGAAAGCUGGCGGGAACGGGCUUGGGGACAGUGAAUAUAGACAACUUCAGAAGUUUGCUUAUUGUGUGGGCUGAAGGGAAAGAUCCAUCUUGGAAUUUUAAACCGGGAAAUACUGAUCGUGGAGACAAAUUGAGAUGGGCAGGGAAUGGUCUCAGGUGGGCACUGCAGAGGUUUGGGAGCCCAGGUGUAUGUGAGGGGUCCUGUGGUCUCGCUCUUUACACCAGAGUUGUGUAGCGCCUGGGCACACCGCCCAGCAACUGCUCCCCUGCCUUCAGAGGAAUCCUCGCUGGCCCUGGGACCCCAGGCUGCUCAGCUGGGUGCAGAGGGCAUGGUUGAAGGGCGCCUGAGCUGGCUGUGGCCGCUGCUCCAUUUCCUGCCCAGCCCCACUCCACCUUCAUGAGCCCUCAAGUUACUCAGGCUCCAGUUCUUCUGGCGUCUUUUUUGAACAACUCCGUCUCCUGAUCCCGCUCCCAGGAGGGUGUGAUGAGCCAUCCCGCGCUCUGGUGUUUCCCCAGCUGUGGGCGAGCCUGUCCGGUGUUGGUGGGCCGUUCUGCUCACCAGUGUCUGUGCCCUCGCAGCUGGAGCCCACCUCUGAGUCUUGGCCCUGGCAGAGGUCCCCGAGAGAGGGCAGGUGAGAAGGUGAGCAGUGGUUGUCAGCUUCGUGGCGCCAGGCCUUGUCCUAGUGAUUUGUGGGUUAUUCACUUGCUCCAUUUCCUGCCAGGAAUCCCGAGGGGUGUCCUGUUUGUUGUCCAGGGCACUGAGUCCCAGAGCAGGGGAGCAUCAGGGCCAGCAUUUGGCCUGGACAACCCCGGGAGUCUCCCUUAGACCUGUCACUAAGGCCUGUCUGGGUGGAGAAUCAUGGAAGGACUGGUUGGGACUGGUUGAGAUGGUGGCCAGCCAGGUGACACCAGAGAUGACAGGAGCCAGUUCUGACUGGGAAGAAAGAGCACUUCAGGCAAAGGGAACUGCCCUACAAAGGCCACUGACACACAGGCUUAAUGCGUUGGAGGAGAACUGAUGGCCACUGGGGCUGGAGAGUGGUCUAGGGAUGGGGACUGGAGCUGGGCCCUGCAGUUGCUGUGGGGGUAGUUCAGAAGUGGGCAGUCGCUGGAGGGUCCUUUUUUUUUUUUCCAUUUUUAUUUUACUUCUUUUUUAAAGAUUUUAUUUAUGUUUAAAGAGAGGGGAGGGGAGGGAGAAAGGAAGAGACAUGUCAGUGUGUGGUUGCCUCUUGUGCGCCCCCUACAGGGGGCCUGGCCUGCAACCCAGGCAUGUGCCCUGACUGGGAAUCAAACUGGUGACCCUUUGCUUUGCAGACUGGCACUCAACCCACUGAGCCACGCCAGCCGAGGCUCAUUUUUAUUUUUCAAGUUGUGGUGAAAUACACACAACAGCAACCAUCUUGAGCAUUUUUCUUGAGUGUACCAGCUGUUGGUGUCAGGCCACAUGUACACCGUUGUGCAAUCGUCACCACCAUUUCCAGAGCGUUUUCAUCACCCCAGACGGAAAUUGCACCCAUUGAAUACUAAACCCAGAUUCCCCCUCCACCAGCCCUCACACCAGCCUGUCCACUUUGGUUUUGAGUCUGAGGCUGCCACUUUAUGCCUUCGAGUUGCUAGGGGAUGUGGUGCUGGGGGUGGCAAGGAGGCCCUGAGGGGCUGGCUGUGAGGUGGCAGAGGGACCAGAGACAAGUGAAUGGGAGGACAAGCUUGCCCUAGUGUGGGUGUGAACCAGGUGGGCAGAGGCGGUGAUGCUAGGGUUGUCCCUGACUCAGUGGUGAGUCAGGGCGACUCACCGAGAGGCUGGGAUGGGGCCCCUGGGGAGGUGACUGGUGCGUCCCCAGCAUCUCCCCGGCUUGUUUAACGUGUCCGAAUGGGAAGACUCCAGGGCUGACUUUUGGUCAUAGCAAGGGCCUCCUGACUGCCAAGUUUGGGAGCCCAGUGGCUUUCACUUUGCACAUGUAGACUCUGCCAACCACAUGGGGUCCCUGAUGCUGGAAGGAUCCCUUUUGAAGCCUCCGGCUCCACAUCAGGACGACAAAGACAUCACAGGGGAAGGUGCACUAAGGGCUGGAGGCUGACUGACAGGGAAGGCAUUUAGCAGUGGGGGGUUGGACAGCAGCAGCCACAUCCCGGAAUUGGGCCUGGGUCUGAGCAACAGGGCUUUUAUAGUGAAUCUGUGGUAGGCAGUUAAAUAGUAUGAGCAGAGUAGGAAAGGUAGCCAGGUGCCACCAGGGCUGAGAGCCCCAGGUGCUUAGCAGUGGGGCAAAACUGUAAGUUCUUUCAUUACCCUCCCUUAAGCAAUAGCCCCUGGAGAUGAUGGCCAGGCCUUAGCUGGGUUUCAGCUCCACACCCAGAGAAGCGAGCUGCAAUGACUAAUGACCCUCUGCCCUGGUGCUAACCAAUCAGUGAUCACAACCCUGAGGAGCUACAGCUGGAAAGCAGGUCCUACGAAGGUGGAGUGUGAUAAUUACUGGUUGAAUCAGUGCAUCUGUACUAUGAUUUCUCAAUACUCGACCUGGAAGAGGUGGGUGACAUCGUCAACUACAAAUGAGGACUUGGAGGCCCAGAGACCAGAGGCUUGUCCCAGGCACCAGAUGUGCAGAGCAGCACCGCGACCUCACAUGACAGCCAUGUGGCACACGUACAGGAGUGCCAGCUGGUUCUGACUUCGUUUUACCGACAGGAAGCCCCACAACGCCCUGUGUGCACCCAGAGAUCUGAAACCUUCCAGCCCACUCGGGCGACAAAAGAAACGCAAGGGCUCUGGGCGGAGACGGGACGCACGUGCCAAGGCUCUGGGUCUGUUCUGACCCUCGGCACUGCCCCGGCCACCUCCGUGGAAACAAACCCCCUCAGACGUCAGGGCCCGACCACCAGCCUGGCUCCCCAGCCCCAGACAGACACCAUUCAAAGUACUGCAGCUUUAGCCAAACAGGGACAGACUCACAGAUGGAGAGCAGGCGAUGGCUUGUGGGAUGGUGGAGGGACUGAGAGAAAAGGAAAGAGGAUGCAGGGACAAAAAUGUGGUGAUUGCUGGGGGGCGGGGGGGUGUAAGGGGACUAAAUGGGAAUGGGAAAAAUACAGUAAAGCUCAAAUAAAAAUCAUUAAGAAACACUGUCGUUGCUUAGGAACCCAGAAUUUAGCAUGACACAGGCGACUCAAGUGAGGCUCACCAGAAGCAGAGGCCCCCACCCGGGAGGCUCCUGAGGCUUCUCCUGGGACAAACGUGCCUCAGACUCACCUGAGGGGCUCCCCCCAGGACAUGGCGCAGCGGACAUGGUUCACAGGCCCCGUCUGUUCGGCAGGACCAGACCCACUUAGAGAAGGCCGCCGGAGCAGGGACCGGUCGUCAGCAGAAUGCUGUGGUGAAGCUGCGAGCUCCAGUGCCACCUGCCCGGUCACAGCUGUUAUGAACAUUCACGUCACAAGGCAAGGGGACAUCCAUCUGCCCGUGUUUCAGGUACUUCCUUCCCCAGAGACAUCACAGGUACAGAACACCUGCACACAAAUCCCCAGCAGAUGUCCCGCUGCUUAUCUCAGUGGUGUGAGUGUGGGUGUUUACCAUCAAACUGCCGGCAUCAGAAAGUCAACUAGAGAAGGGAGCAGGUGAGAACCGUGACCCCAGGGCAGAGGCCUCUGCUGGGAGAACCCAGAGUGUUCCCCGCUGCACACACUCUGGGGCUCUGCCAGCCUUGGGGUGAGGCCUCCUCAGGGCCAGUCUCCAGCCCCCUGGGCACCGGGACACUGCAGCCAGGACACUGGCCAGGGGUUCGGAUGUGGCCCACUGUUCCCUCCAGGCACCCGAGCCCUCACCGCCAGCUGUCUCCUCGGCCACCGCCCUGCUGGCUCCCAGGUGGCCUCUGCUCUCUUCCUGUGCUCGGCUCUGCUAGCAGGUCAGUGCAGAGGCCACCCGUCCUUGGCUCUGGGGCUGAAGGGCAGGCCCGCAGCUCCUCUGCCCCCGAACCCCUUCUCCCUGAGGACUGCCUGGAACUCAGAACCCCUCCAUCUCCCGUUUUGAAAAGCCGUCCUUAGACUACCUAUCGGCAACGAGUGGCUGGCCCAGCUCACCCUUCCAGAACCAUCCCCACCCACCCAAGCUGACUUGGAAAAGCAAGAUCAGGCCUCCAUGACCCUGGAGGUCCAAUACUGAGGAAACGAGAGCCCACUGGAACCAGGAGAGGCAGUUGGUACGUCCCUCACUUAGAUGCCUCAAGCCCAUCCCAACACACACGACAAUGGCAUGUGAACUCUGGGGCAGUGUUCUCCAGGGCCUGUCCUAAGACCAGCCGGGGUCUGGGCGGGGAGCAGGAGGAGGCAGCGGGGGAAGUGAGGAAGACUGCGCGCAGGCACCUCGAGGUCUGGGUGAGCUGGUGAGCCAGUGCCCAUGUGUAAGAGAGAAGCAGUAACAAAAACACACCACGGGGUUCAGGGGAAGUACUCUUGCUACACUCUUUCUAAAAAUAAAGUACCAAAGUAAAAUAAAGACUGCUGAGAGCCAACACUACUGACCACGAUAACCCAGCACCAAGCACUGGGUGGGGCAGGUGUUCCAUUCAUCAUCUUCCUUUCGGCUCCCAGUGCCCCUGUGACUCAGGCACACAGCCAGGGCAGUUGUGGGCGGAGUCAGAGUCUGGCCCAGAGUGCCAACUGGGAACAUGUUCCUAGCCACUCAAUAACCACAUCCCACCAACUCCAGACUGGAACGUUCUGGGUGCUCUGUAGUGUGGGGAGCGCUUCCCAGUUAAGGCCUGGUGAGAGCACCGGUGCCCAAGGUGGCCUGCUGGCACCCUGGCCACGCGGACCAUCCCUUGGGGCCAAGCAUCAGCUCCUUUAGAGGACGUGAAAGACUGCUGGCGCAGGGACUGCUCACCCUGAGAGUCCCUGGGAAGGAGCCGUGAGCACCCACUCACAGGUGAGAGCAGCCACUGAUGACCUGGCACAGGCGGGCAUCUGUGUCCCUACAACUGUCUUUGCAAAAUCAGCCAGGCCACAGUGUUCUGACUCCAGCUCUAACCAAGACCAGUCACUGUCCUGCUGGAGAAGAGCAGCAGGAGGGUGCGUGCAUUUGGCAGAAAGAGGAACUGCCAUGCAGCCAACACCACUUCCUCCAGGGCCACCCUCAGAGGACUGAGGGUUGGACAGCUGAUGGCCUGGGGGCUGAUGCCCUGAAGCCAGCUCUUCUCACUCUUCCUUCCGACUUUUCCGAAUGGACUCUCGGGCAGGCUCAGGCUGAGGAGCCUUCAAGAUAGGCAGCUUGUGAGGACUCACCUCAGCAUUCCCUGGCAGCAAGCGCUGCUGUACUAGCGGAGGAAAGGGCUGGCGCCCCGCAUGCAAGGGGACCGUUUCUUCAGGUCCUGAACAAACCGUGAUAUGUGGUCGGUGCUAAGAACAUACCCAGAGCCACAUCCUCAAGCAAAGUGUGAACUAACACCCACUGGUGGCUUCAGACAGGCUGGCGCGGCCCUCGCGGGUGCGCGAGACACUUGCAGCCGUGCAGCCAUACUAACUUAAUCUACCAUCAACUAUUUUAUGAGACAGAAACUGUAACUGCUACCUUACCUUCAUGUUCUAAAUUUGUUUUGCAUUUUAGAAAAAAAUAUGGUUAAGUGGGUAAUAAUUGAGAAAGCAACAAUGCAGAUACAUUCUGAUAGAUUAAUUACCCUCCCCCAGAGGAUUCCUGGUGCAGUAAAGCAUAAUUCUUUAAGUCGUCUUGAAGCUGUACAAUGAAAGGAUGAACUGACUUAACUGUAAACUAGUUAACUGGCUCCAAAUCAAGUGUUGAAUAGCCAGUGAUUGCCCUACAACAACCCAAUGGCCAAGAGCAGUUAAUAAAACCAACUCAGUAUAUCGUCCCAACCAGCGUGGCUGUUGGUUGGGCACUGUCCUGGAAAGGAAAGGUCACUUGUUCAAUUCCUGGUCAGGGCACGUGCCUUGUUUGUGGGUUCAGUUCUUGGUUGGGGCACAAUUGGCUGCAAGGGGCAGCUAAUCAGUGUGUCUCUACCAUUCUCCGUUCAUUCCACUGUCUGUAAUAUAAAUAAAAUAAAAUCUGAAUAUGAAAACAGUAA